CCUGACCAGGAGCCCCAGACACGAGUCCCUGGAAGACUCACCUGGCGUCUGCCGCUCCCAGAGACGAUGGGGAAAGUCGUCUUCUCCCUGCUCCUCGCCCUGCCUCUGGUGACCCUCGGGGCCUCCUCCAAUCAAAAGUGCGUCCUGUCUGGAUUGUGGAGGAAUGAGCUGGGCUCUAACAUGACCAUCUCUGCCGUGAACGCCGAGGGGGGAUUCACCGGUUCGUACCACACGGCGGUGACGGUCACCGACAAACGCAUCCUGAUGUCACCCCUGAAGGGGUCCCAGAACCGCAAGAGCCAGAGGAAGCAGCCGACCUUUGGCUUCACCGUGAGCUGGACGUUCUCAAACUCGAUAACCGUCUUCGUGGGCCAGUGCUUCGUGGAUGAUAAUGGGGAGGAGAUUCUGAAGACCAUGUGGCUGCUGCGUGAGGAGGUCGGAUCCUCCAGCGCCGACUGGAAAGCGACCAGGGUCGGCACAAACGUUUUCACCCGGAUCAAGUGAUGGAACGUGGGUGAAUCUGUGAGGAGCGACGGUGUCCGGUGACCCAGCAGCACCGUCAUCCCACUCCGCAGCCCCAGGGCUCCUGCCUCCCCCCCCUCCCCCCCCCCCGCGUCCGGAAUUGUUCUGGGGUCUCUCGAGAGCGUCUCGCCCGGCCUCAGGGCUGUUUGCUGGGCUGCAGAGGCGCCGUCUCUGUCUCCAUCUCCCCUCGCUCUCCGGUUACACCCCCAGAAUCGCUGCCUGCGCCCCCCACGCUGCAGUUUAGUUCCUUUCCCAGUAAAGCUCUAGCGCGGGAGGCAAA